AUGGUUCUGUCAGAUUGCAAAAUGAGGUCACUAAAUAUUAUUAAACAAAUUUCUUUUCAUUUCUCUAUUUUUCUUCUGUUUUUUUUUUCAUUUUUCUUUUUUUUCCCCACUUUCUCCAUUGUUUUCUUUUUCGCCUUCUUUCUUCAUUUUUCCUUCUUUCCUUCUUUCUUUCUUCAUUUUUCCUUCUUUCUUUCUUCAUUUUUUUUCCUUCUUUCCUUCUUCAUUUUCCUUCUUCAUUUUUCCUUCCUUCUUUCUUUCUUCAUUUUUCCUUCCUUCUUUCUUUUUUUCAUUUUCCUUCCUUUCUUUCAUUUUCAUUUUUCCUUCAUUUUUCAUUUUCCUUCUUUCUUUCUUCAUUUUCCCUUCCUUCUUUCUUUCUUCAUUUUUCCUUCUUCUUUCUUUCUUCAUUUUCCCUUCUUUCUUUCUUCAUUUUCCUCUUUCUUUCUUCAUUUUUCCUUCUUUCUUUCUUCAUUUUUCCUUCUUUCUUUCUUCAUUUUUCCUUCUUUCUUUCCUUCAUUUUUCCUUUCUUCUUUCUUCAUUUUUCCUUUCUUCUUUCUUCUUUUUUUCUUUCUUUCUUUCUUCAUUUUCCUUUCUUCUUUCUUCAUUUUCCUUUCUUCUUUCUUCAUUUUUUUCCUUUCUUCUUUCUUCAUUUUUUCCUUUUCUUCUUUCUUCAUUUUUUUUCCUUUCUUCUUUCUUCAUUUUUCCUUUCUUCUUUCUUCAUUUUUCCUUUCUUCUUUCUUCAUUUUUCCUUUCUUCUUUCUUCAUUUUUCCUUUCUUCUUUCUUCAUUUUUCCUUUCUUCUUUCUUCAUUUUUCCUUCAUUCAUUUUUUUCUCCUGCUUUUUCCAUUUUCUCUUUUUCUUUUUUCUUCCCUCCCCACACUUGAUUUUUUUUCUCUGUCACCAAUUUUUGAUUUUUUUCUUCUUUUUUCUUCUUUUUUCUUCUUCUUUUUUCUUCUUCUUUUUUCUUCUUCUUUUUUCUUUUCUUCUUUUUUCUUUUCUUCUUUUCUUCUUUUUUCUUUUUUUCUUUUUUCUUUUUUUCUUUUUUUCUUCUUCUUCUUUUCUUCUUCUUCUUUUUUUCUUCUUCGCCUUUUCAAUUGUUGAUCUUAAUUAA